UACUGUGCUAGAGUGAACUGUGCUUACUGUGUUCGGAAAACUUAGUGUCGUGCGUUUAUCUGGUUUUAGUAAUAGACAAGAAUGUCCAUUGUCAUCCGAUAAUCAUGGAUGAUGGCACCUGGUCCCGGACGACCGGCUCCGUGGUACUGCAAGUGGGUGCCUUGGAGCUGCUGGCGAGGUAUUCAAUGAACUCGAGCAGAGCGACUAGCGUCUUGUCAUCGCUGCACGAAUUUAGGACACAAGAGUCUGAGCAAACUGGCGGCAAGCAAUGGAAUUGGAAGUAUUUGAGGGAUCAAUUCUAUCAAAAGGAUCUGGAAGGCUUAUAUCGGAAAUACGACGAGAAGCUGAGAGAGACAUUAAUUUAUAUCUACGUGUCACUUCUUGUGAUUUUUUCGACGGUCCAUAUUGUUUUAGUUAUAGUAUACACUUACAAUCAGCAAAUACAGUGGGGGUCAACCUGUUUUUCGAUGGGAAUGUAUGUCCUAAGAAUAACUGUGCCAGCGUUCUCAUUCUGCAAAUGCAUCUACGAUCCGCUGAAGAAUCGGUGGUAUUGGAUGCCUAUACUCGUCACAUUCAUUCUCACUGCAGACCUCGUCAUGUCAGAUGUUGCCGUCGCCAUUUUCACUUCCUUCGAAGGCAUGCUCCUGCGCCCUGCUUACUCCACCAUGGCCUUACUCUCUGUGUACAUAUUCCUGCCGAUGAGGAAUAACUUUCUGGCAAUAAUCUUGGGCGUGGUGGUCAGCGUUGUAUACACAUUCGUGUUUGCAUUCUUCACGUAUUACGAAACGCCCGAUGUUGGACUACUGGUAGCGUGUGAAAUUAUCUACCUAAUUGGCGUCAACCUUAUGGGAGUUUACUUCAGGCUGAUGAACGAGAUAGUCACGCGACGAUCCUUCCUCGACAGACGCGCGUGUGUGGAGAGUACAUUACGACUAAAAUUUGUUAAGGAUCAAGAGGAACGUCUUAUGUUGAGCAUUUUACCAGAGCAUAUAGUUUCAAGAGUAAGACAAGAUAUACGAAAUAUGUUCAUGAACAUCAGGUCACCGAGCCAGAGUCACAACAUGAGAUCUUUUAGCCAACUCUACGUGGAAGAACAUGAAAACGUUAGCAUUUUAUACGCAGAUGUCGUUAACUACACACAAAUAUCUACAACUUUGUCGCCUUUGAGAAUGGUAGAACUACUGAAUGAACUGUUUGGCAGAUUCGAUGAAGCUUCUGAGGAGCAUGACGUAUUGCGCAUCAAGUUUUUAGGAGACUGCUACUACUGCGUGAGUGGUAUACCCAAACCUACGCAGCAACAUGCCAAGAACUGUGUAGAUCUGGGACUUGAAAUGAUCCACAUAAUUAAAAAUGUUAGAGAGAAGCGCGCUCUGAAUAUUGAUAUGAGGAUCGGAGUGCAUUCAGGUAAAAUAUUAAGCGGUUUGAUCGGCAUUCGGAAGUGGCAAUUCGAUAUUUGGUCGAAAGACGUCACUAUUGCAAAUAAAAUGGAAUCUACAGGAAAGGCGGGAAAAGUGCAUAUAACGCAACAAACGCUAGAUCUUCUGUUGGACCAUGCACGCGAAUACAUUAUAGAGCCGAACUUUGCGUCCCAGAACGAUCCAUUCAUAAUGAAGAAUAAGCUACAAACAUUUCUACUCUCGAGACCGCAAAAGCCACUUAUAGACUACAAACCGUUUCGAAGAGCUUCAGUGGGUUUCAAUAAAAUUAUACCGACGCGACGUGGUAGACGAUUGGAAAAUAGAAGUUCAUCAACUCUUCGUAGAACAACCACCUUUAUGGAUGAGAAUUUAGUUGAAUACCAACAAAUGCUCAAAGCGGCCGACGCACAAAUGGCUAAGGAAAUUGACGACAUGAGCAAUGGAAAGGAACAAUUUCAGGAAUCUCGGCUUAACAGAUUUACGCUCGUGUACAACAACUUAAAACUGGAAAAAUCAUUUCUCCUGCAGCCGGAUCCUUUGUUCAAAUACUACAUCUUGUGUUGCCUUCUAAUGCUGUGCUUGAUUAUGACUAUCAAUGGGUUAACCACAAACUGGUAUUAUCAAUUCAAAUGGUACGCAGUAAUGUUGCUCUCUCUGUUAUUGGCCUUUUUAAUAGUAAUGCAACCUUUGUCCUGGUUUCAAUUUGCAUGGACAAAAUAUAAAGGCGUCAAUGAACCAAGAAAUAAAUUUCUCAGAUUUAUUUACGAUUUAUCGUUGUCCAUAAUCAAGUGCCCAAAAAUAAGAACUGGUACAUAUAUACUGAUAAGUCUGGGCCUUGCUGGAACUUCGAUGAUUAAUGUUAUUGCUUGCAAAGAAGUAAAAAUCAUACCGGAAGUGGAGAGCGUAUUAUCAAAUUGUGUGUCUUCUUGGCAUGUUACGCAGUGUUGGAGUUUGGCGUUACUAUUGAAUUUCUUAUUCAGCCGAGUGUUUUUCAUGUUUAAAUGGAUUGUUGCUGGUUGUAUGACUUUAUUUUACCUCUGGAUCGUUUGGGAGAUUAAAACAUCCCUCUUCUCUGUCGACACAACUUGGAACGUCGGCUUAGAUCCACGAGUAUCCCAUACUCUGUCAGUGAUAAUAAUAACUAUAACUUUGUACUGGGUAGAUAGAACAACUGAAUAUAGAAAUCGAUUGGAUCAUUUGUGGCAAAUACAGCUAAGUGAAGAACAAGAAGAGGCCGAAACUAUGUUGAAAGUUAAUAACAUGUUGCUAGAGAAUAUUUUACCUGCACACGUAGUACAGGUAUAUUUGGAUUUGAAUAGGUCACUAGAUGAGUUAUAUUAUGAGAAAUACGACAACGUAGCCGUUAUGUUUGCUUCGUUAACAGAUUAUAAAUUAGGUUUAGAAGACGAUGCAGAGAUGAGCGAUAAAUUCGUCCUAAGCAUACUCGACGAAGUUAUAUCUGAUUUUGAUCGGCUCCUGUUAAGUGGAUCAUCCAAACACAAAGUAGAGAAAAUAAAAAUGGCGGGUUGGACGUACAUGGCAGCCUGCGGGUUGGACCCGACUCGACGUGAUUCAUUUGAUUCUUACACCUCGAUCGUUGACAGAAGUAAAAAUACUCCGUACAAUCGUACAAUAGUCGUCACGAUGGUAGAGUUUGCAGCAGCUAUGAUGAUGCAGUUGCAAAAUUUUAAUCGCGGAUCUUUCCAAAGUUUUGAAGGAUUAAAUCUCAGGAUAGGUAUAUCUAACGGCGAAGUUGCUGCGGGUGUGGUCGGCUCGCUCAAACCGCUGUACGAUAUUUGGGGAAACGCGGUCAACAUGGCCUCCCGUAUGGACUCCACUGGAGAAUCGGGCCGGAUUCAAGUAACGGAAAACACAGCAAAAAUUUUAGAAGAAUGCGGAAUAAUUACACAGUGUCGCGGCGAGGUGUUUAUAAAAGGAAGGGGCUUGAUAAAGACUUACUUUGUGCCUCUAGACGAUGAAUUCAAUCUAGUAAAGCAGAACUUAUGUACCUUAGACUACCUGAAAUUCAAUGACAAAGGGCCACCAUACCAAGCUAGAACAACUUUAGCCAGCGGUGCUUCUGCUGAAACUGGUAUUUUCGAAUCUUCCUCACAAAAUUCCACUUACCCUUGGGACAUUUCAUCAGACAAUGAGAAUAUAGACGAAGAUGAAUUUACAAAUGUGAGGAAGUUUAAUAGAUCGAUUAGUGAAUUAGUAGAUGUGGAAACUUUUUCUCCGACAUCUAAAUGGGAUGAUCUUAGUGUGCCAUAUACAGAAAAUGAUAUUAUGGUCACUCGUUGCUGACUAAGUAUACUUUAGUGUUGUGAUUGUUUAAUUUCGAAUGUCCUUAAGUUAAAUCUUCUAUACAUAUAAUAAAUCUGUAGAGAGGUCAACUCUGUUCAUGAAAUAUAUUUCCAAAAUAACUAUCAGGGGGUGAUUAGUGACGAUACUGAUACCAAAAGUGCAAUCAGUAAAAUUUUGUCUGUCUAUCUGUCUGUAUGUUCGUUAUAGAAACAAAAACUACUCAACGGAUUUUAGCGUAUUUUUGGUACAAUUAUUCUUCAUACUCCUGGGCAGGUUAUAGUGUACUUUUCAUGAUGCUACAAUUGAUAGGAGCAGAGCAGUAAAGGGAAAUGUUGAGAAAACGGGAGAAGUUACUCCAUUUUUACAGCGAUACUACUGUAAGGGCUGGAUUAAAGAGGUCUAAGGGCGGACGAAGUCGCGGGCGUCCGCUAGUAGAUAAUAAAUAAAGUAAACAUAAUGAAUUAACUUUUAACACAUAACAG